UAGUCCUUGUGCAGUGUGGAGGUUGCCAUUGGACGCUCCUCCGAGAACCCGAUUGGCUGGCACUGUGCUGUUGUAGUUACGCCACCAAAAGGAGCGAAUCAGACCAGCGCAGACCGUACGAGACCCAGACAGACCAAGAUGGAGUAAUGUAGACCAGCGCAAAACCGUACAAGACCCAGACAGACCAAGAGAGAGUAGCGUAGACCCCAAAAAAUAGAGAGAGGAAGAUGAGGUGAAGGAGAGAUCGUUUAGUGGAAUGUUAUAAGACUCGGCCGUUCAGGUGGUAAUGAUAAAAAAUAAAAAAAAUAAAAGAUAAAUUGUUGUGUUUUUUGAUGGAGUUUUGACGUUUUACUUAAGCUCCUGAGGGUAAAGUAACGGUGUAUUUUUUUGUGUGUGUGUGUUUGUGUGUUUGUGUGUGAUCUUGACGGCUUCUCUCCUGCAUUAUCUCCUUGUAUGUUGUUUCUCUGUCUUCCGUUUUCUUUCCUUAUUUCUCUCCUUUUUUUCCCUAUUCCCUUCCUUCCAUAUUUCCAUUCUCACCUGUUUCCUUCCUUCACUUCCUUUACUAUAUGUUGUUUUUCUGUCUUGCGUUUUCUUUCCUUCUUUCUUUCCUUUUUCUGUCUUCUGUUUCCUUUCCUUCUUUCUUUCCUUUUUUUCCCUAUUCCCUUUUUUCCAUAUUUCCAAUCUCACCGGUUUCCUUCCUUCACUUCCUUGCUGUGUGUUGUUUUCUGUCUUUUUACGUUUUCUUUCCUUCUUUCUUUCCUUUUUUCCCUAUUCCCUUUCUUCCAUAUUUCUAUUAUCAUCUGUUUCCUUCCUUCACUUCCUUUACUCCACGUUGCUUUCUUUCUUCUUCCAUUUUCUCCUUUUUCUUCCCUAUCAUUUUCCAUUUACUUUCACCUAAACAACACCCUUUUUUUACCCUCUUCGCUUUCUUUCUCCAACUUCCCUUUCUCCUGUUUUUCUUCCCUUCCUUCCCUCCGGCUCCUGCCCCUCCCGCGCCGCCGCCUUCAGCAUUGCCAAGGAGUGUGACGGUCGACGGGGCUGAAGGGAGAGUGAGAGAACGGGUCCCAAAACUGGUCUUUACUUUCUGGUCCCUCUCUCGACUGUCUUUCUCUGCCUCCUCCUCCUCCUCCUCCUCCUCCUCGUCCUCCUCUUUCUCUUCCUUCUCCUCCUUAACCUCCUUUUCCUUCUUCUCUUCCUUAUCCUUGUCUUUUUCUUUCUUCUCUUCCUCCUCCUUCUCCUUCUCUUCUGUCUUUUUUUGUUUUUCUUUUCUUUAUGUUCCAUCUCCUCCUCCUUUUCCUCCUCCUUCUUCUUCUUCUUCUCUUCCUUCUGUCCAUAUAUCACCUCUCCUCAUUCUUUCUCUCCCGUUGUUUCUGCUCUUUUCUUCUCCUCCUCCUCCUAUUCUUCUUCUUCUUCUUCUUCUUCUUCUUCUUCUUCUUCUUCUUCUUCCUCCUCCUCCUCCUCCUCCUCCUCCUCCUGUCUACAUUUCUCCUUCACCUCGAUUUUAUAUUCAGGCUUAUCAUCCUUUCGUUUUCCCUUUGUCAUCCUCCCCUUUCUCCUCCUCCUCCUCCUCCUCCUCCCUUUCUCUUCCUCCUCUUCUCUUUCUCUUCUCCUCUCUUUUUUUCAUUCCUUAACGUCCUAUUUUCAUUUUCAUUUAUUUUCCAUUUUCCUUCUUUUUUUUUCCUUUCUCCUCUUCUCUUUUUUUCUUCUUACUGUAUUUUCAUGUCUCCUCCUCCUCCUCUCUUUCUCUUUCUUUCUCUUCUCUUUCUCUUCUCAUAUCUUUGUUUCUUUUUUCAUUCCUUUCUUAUUUUCAUUUUCAUAUACUU